AUGACGCUCCGGCCGCUGGAACCCGUACUGCCCGUGCCAAACGUGGAGGAGGAGGACAAAAAGCUGGGGUCCCGUCCCCUGUCGUUCCAGUGCACUCCCCCACCGGCCUUGAAGACCACUCCGCCAGCUCCGCUUAACAUGGGAUUGGUAGUUUCCCUACCGUUCAAUGUUAAGGCACCGGACCGGCAUACCUACUACCUUGCCCGUACAUGGCUGGCGGCGGCUUCCCCAACCUCGGGUCAAGCUGUUUGUCUCGGCCUGCUGCGGUACCUGCUUAUCUAUUUCUCCUCCUACAGUAAAUUCAUCACCAGCUGCUUGUCUCUACUUACCUACCUCCAGUACUCCUCAAAUCAUUUUGGCCCGAUCCAGCCGAUUGAUUCAGUAGCCAUUCGACUACUGUUGCCUCUCCCGGUCACCUUAUUUCGUCCUCUACCCCUCUCUAUCACUUCUCCGUCGCUGAUCCUCCCUUUGAAUUUCUCUCGGUCGGCAGCCAUGGCUAUGAACAUCACAAAAGGUACCAGAGCUCUUGGAGCUCUGAGGCCUCUGGCAGCUCGUUCUGCCCUCAAUGCGCGCCAGUAUUCAACUUCCGAACCGGACCUCAAGACCACACUGAAGAGCGUCAUUCCCGCCAAGCGGGAACUUCUGAAGAAGGUCAAGGCACACUCGUCCAAGGUCAUUGGGGAGGUCAAGGUCGAGAAUACUCUUGGUGGCAUGCGAGGCCUCAAGGCCAUGGUUUGGGAGGGAUCUGUCUUGGAUGCGAAUGAGGGCAUUCGGUUUCACGGCAGAACCAUCAAGGAUUGUCAAAAAGAGCUCCCCAAGGGAAAGACUGGAACAGAAAUGUUGCCCGAGGCCAUGUUCUGGCUUCUUCUUACAGGCCAGGUCCCGUCCACAAGCCAGGUUCGCCAAUUCUCCCGCGAAUUGGCUGAGCAAGCUCAGUUGCCCGCCUUUGUCAACAAGCUUCUCGACGAUUUCCCCACAGACCUGCAUCCAAUGACCCAAUUUGCCAUUGCCGUCUCUGCUCUCAACUACACCUCCAAGUUUGCAAAGGCCUACGAGCAGGGUAUCAACAAGGCUGACUACUGGGAGCCUACUUUCGACGACUCCAUCUCGCUGCUGGCCAAGCUGCCCACGAUCGCUGCCAAGAUCUACCAGAACUCCUACCGUGGCGGCGGCGCUCUGCCCGCAGAAGUAGACCUAGAGCAGGAUUGGUCUUACAACUUUGCUGCCAUGCUUGGGAAGGGUGGCAAGGCGAAUGAGAACUUCCAAGAUCUCCUCAGACUGUAUCUCGCGCUCCACGGGGACCAUGAGGGCGGUAACGUUUCCGCCCACGCCACUCACCUAGUUGGCAGCGCCCUUAGCGAUCCUUUCCUAAGCUACAGCGCUGGUCUUCAAGGUCUCGCGGGUCCUCUUCAUGGACUUGCCGCGCAAGAGGUUCUUCGGUGGAUUCUACAGAUGAAGGACAACAUUCCCUCGUCUUACUCUGACAAAGACGUCACAGAUUACCUGUGGUCCACCCUCAACUCCGGCAGAGUUGUCCCUGGCUACGGCCACGCUGUCCUGCGGAAACCCGACCCUCGGUUCGAGGCUCUGAUGGAUUAUGCCGCCGCUCGACCUGAGAUCGCACAAGACCCCGUCUUCCAACUGGUGGAAAAGAACAGUCGAAUUGCCCCCGAAGUGCUCAAGAAGCACGGCAAGACCAAGAACCCUUACCCCAACGUCGACUCAAGCUCUGGAGUCCUCUUCCAUCACUAUGGCUUCCACGAGACUCUGUACUACACCGCCACCUUUGGUGUCUCCCGUGGCUUGGGACCCCUUGCUCAAUUGAUCUGGGACCGAGCAUUGGGACUGCCCAUUGAGCGGCCCAAGAGCAUUAACCUGGAAGGUCUUCUUAAGCAAGCUGAGAGCUCGAUACAUCUUCCGAAGCUCUUGACAUUUUUGACUGAUAUCGCAAGCCGAGCAACAUUCCGGAACUUUGAUGCUAGGCAGGCCAUGAGCACUUUCCUUAUCUCGGACUGCGGUAGCCCCAGAAGCAAAAUUUGGUCAAGACAAUGGCUGCCGGGAUCCCAAGUUCACAAUACGAGCGGCUUCUUUGACACUAAGACUUAUAUGCUCGCCACAUUGAGCGAUGUCACCUCGCACUGGCGCCUCCGCUACUGUUCUCAGAACAUGGUAUGGCUUUGCGCGUAG